CAUAAUUAUUGUUCCAAAUAGAGCACAGAACAUACAUAAAGCAGUACUGUACGUAUCAGAAGAAGAAGCACUGAAGAAAGAAGAGCUCAGGAACAAUGGCCCACCUGACACUAAUUGCCAGAGCCAGUGAUGGACUACCUAUGUCCACAUCCAUUGUCAAUGAAGAGUCUGGCCGGGAUUAUACUGAAUACCAACCCAAGGCCAAGCAGAUAUUUCGCAAGCAGUCGUCAGUCAGCCCCCCUCGAUGCUCAAUCGAGUGUGACCCGGGUCGUAUGGUGUUCCACUACAUCCUUGAGGAGGGGAUAUGCUACCUCGCCCUGUGUGACCCCACCUAUCCUGCCAAGCUGGCCUUUAACUACCUCGAGAAUCUACACAAAGACUUCAGUGAGCAACAUGGCAACGAUGUACACAACGCCAGUCAACCGUACCACUUCAUUGAGUUUGAUCUCAGUGACAAAGCGGGGAAGCUGGUCGACCACUCUCGUGCCAGAGGAUAAUGGCUGAUCAGCUAAUGCAGCAUGUGGGCAUCUCCUGGUUACUGUGGAUUGGUUCUGGACUCAAGGAGGUGGUUCACCCACUUCUACGUGUGGGGGGUGGUGUGGAACUACUCUGUAUUCCUCUACUAUACCAGCCACUGUCUACUGCACACACGACUACCGCUAUUGGGACCAACAGCACUGCUGCAUUUGAAUUCAGGUAUAGUCAUACCGUAUAGCGGGUAUUUUCGGGGGACAAAAUAUUUGUUGUUCAGCAAUAUUGAGACAUUUUGUGGGUAAUAUUUUCGUGGUUGGAGCAGGUAACGGUAGGCAAAGUCGCUUCAUUCGUGGUUAGAGGUCCAACCACGAACACCACAAAUAUUUUGCCCCACGAAAAUUACUCACCUCUGUACGGUAUUCAGUCUAGUAAUUGUACAUACCUUGAUUAAGUAUUAAUUGUAAGUGUACUACCAAGGGCGUAUAAAAGAAGAGAGGGCAUGCAACUCCACUAUCAGUACACGUAGCUAGCAGAGUUCAAACGUGGGCGGAGGAAUGUGUGCAUUUGCAUGAAGUGCUAAAAAUAGAAAUUUUUAUUUUUAGCACUUCAUGCACUGUCAUGCACAUCCACACGUUUGAACUCUGCUCAUAUAGGAGUUGCAUGCCCUCUCUUCUUUUAUACGCCCUUGGUACUACUGUGUAAUUGUUGACUUGUGUGUGGGUUGUUAAUUUUUGUUUAGGAGUCUCUAUUUAAAU